AUGGGGCAACGGGAAUAGAAACUGAAGCUCAGGAGGAGGAGGAGGAGGAGGAGGGAAGGGGGCUGUGCCUCACUCUUUUCCUUCCGCCGGCACGGAACCGAAGUGCCGUGGCUCUGGUGCCCGGCCGGAAGACUACGCACCGCGAUGGCGGCCGUGGGGGGCCCAGCCGCCGCUUGGAAGAUGCUGGGGAAGAGGAUGGAGGGAAUGGCAUCCGCAGCGUGGGUUCGUUGUCUCUUUACCAGGUCGAGAAUUCCAGACUCGGUAUUUCAGCCGCGACCUGGAGAUCAUGAAAAAUAUGGAGGUGACCCUGAGCAGCCCCACAAAAUCCACGUUGUUACUAGAAUAAAAAGUGUAGUUGGUCGCCCAUAUUGGGAAAAGAAGAUAAUACAUGAUCUUGGACUCGUAAAAGCACACCAGCCAAGACUGCACAAAAAUAUCCCUUCUGUGAAUUCCAAACUGAAAGUUGUUAAACAUCUGAUAAGAAUACAGCCACUGAAACUACCUUAUGGGUUGCCAACAGAAGAGGAAAUGUCGGACACCUUUCUUACGAGCAAGGGAGAGCUUGUCAUUAAACGGCAUCUGAAACCGGUGGAGCAGAAAGAAAUUAAAUCAUAAGGUGUGCUGGUUGGAUUUAUAUUUUAUGAAAUAAAUAAUUUGAUUCCCAAGUUAA